UGGAACAAAGAGGGACCGAGCGGUGGUCGCAUGGGCACGCGGCUCUCCUUCUUCGGUACCCCCCUCUAAAUACCAGUGAGAACGUGUAUGCAUACAUGUGGACGCACACGCGCGCGAAUCACACGCAGAGGACGAAGACAGAAGUGCCGAGAGGGGUUAUACACGUGUGAACCGAGCCAGUUUGUAGUUACUUGUUUAGAGUGCGCACCACUUGGUGUAGUGUUACCUUACAACUCGUCGCGAGUCAAGAAAAUCGUGAUCGAAUCAAACUCCUCGUUUACGAGAAAAAAAAAAGAAAGUAAAAAAGGAACACGAGAUAAAUACGGGUUAUAGGAUUUUGUGAUUGCACCGGGCGCGAACCAGUCCGCAGUGUUGAAGGAUUCUACGGAUCGAGGCGAAAAAAAAAAGAAAAAAAGAAGAAGAAGAACGGUGUGCGCGAACAAGUCGAUCCUCGCCUUUCCUUUUUCACAAACGUCUCUCCUCCGUCACCAUCGCUCGAGUUCUCGACCUACCACUCUCUCCCUCUCUAUCUCUCGUUUCACCGGCUGUCCGUCCCUCUAGCGCUUCCUCUCGCUCGCUCCUCCCUCUCUUCUCUCUCGCUUUCUCAUUUCCUCUUUCUCUCUCUCCCUCUGCAUCGUGCUUUCCUCGUCGCACCAGCCGCUUACGUACCUCCGCCUUCCUAUCCGCCAAGCGGAGGACUGGAUUCCGUCGAAAAGAAACGACGAUUCGGAGGAUAGUCGCGACCGAUCAUAGCUGGCGCGUCGAUCGGAUCAACGGCGUGUGCAAGUUGGUCACACGAAAUCGUCAUCCACCGGCUGCUAUGAUACCACGCAUUACCGUGUGACUAAACGUGUUUUUCACAACCCUUUACCCGUGUAAUUAGUUAAUCGGCAUCCCGCCGCACCUGGACGAAACGAUCGUCGCCUUUCGACCGAUACCAACUAGUGAGACCAGUGUGCAAACUCUAUUCCGUUGACUUACGGUUGUCAGCGCGGUGUGCCAGCCGUGAAAGACGAGUCCUCCACGAAACCGACAGUGUCGUCCGCACCGGGUUGCUGCGUCGCGUUGCCUUGUGGUCUGGAGAUCGGUAAACUGCUCCCUCUCGCUUUUGUGCCUACGAGUCUGUGACAGUGCGACGAGUGUAUACCAACUGGAGAAGAAGACCUUCUUCAGGGUCGAGUACGAUCGAGUACUAGACGGUGCAAUAAAACGUCCGCGACAGUGAAAGAUAUCCCUCCGGUUCUUUCCUUUUUGUUUUCCUUUUCUUUUCGAUCUUCUUUCGUCCGUCGUUUGUGACUCGGUCGAUCAUCGGCCAACGCGAUUUAUUGCCAGUGAAACGAUACCGAGGAAAGAGAGGUAGUGUUCAUACUUGUUCCACCGAGUGACUUGGUGAAACCGAAACACAACACAGAUGUCACGGUAUGAAAGGAUGAACGCGUAGCGGCGCUCGACUAUCACGGCCCUGAGUGGCCGACACAUCAUGUCACAGUUCUCUUUUCGAGGAUCGCCAAAUCUACAGUGUCCUGUGACAGCGAGCUCGUCGUUGACGUCCUCAUCGGCCUCGCCGGUGUCCGGUGCGAUCCUGAGCGCAGCCGGUUCGUCGUUGGUCAGCGUAGCUGCCACCACCACGAAUCAUCCCCUGGGGGUAGCUGCCGGUCUGUCGAACGCGAGGAUGGCGGUGACCAGCGCGGUGGUUAGGCCACCAGGAAGUCCUACCACCUCGGUCAGCCCGUCUCAGGGUCAUCCGCCGCCGACGACCGGCGGCCCGACGCCGACCGGAAGGUGUUGCGACACUGGAAGACCGAUCUUCACCGAUCCGUUGACCGGUCAGACAGUAUGUUCUUGUCAGUACGACCUUCUAGGCGGUUACCAAAGACUCGGAGGCUUACCGACGGCAGCAUUGUCCAUGUACAGCGCACCUUACGCGGCUGCGGCCGCGGCCGCUGCUUCCGAAGGGAUGGCCGCCUACUUUCCGAGCCUAGGUGCCGAACAAGCGCCCUUCUACACGCCCACGGCUGCUGGCCUCGAUCUGAAGGAAAAUCUUGGCGCAGGAGCCGCGGCAGCAUGGCCUUAUCCAUCCGUCUACCAUCCGUACGAUGCCGCUUUUGCCAGCUAUCCCUUCAACGGUUACGGCAUGGAUCUGAACGGCGCGAGACGGAAAAACGCGACGCGAGAGACGACGAGCACCCUGAAGGCUUGGCUGAACGAGCACAAGAAGAAUCCUUACCCAACGAAAGGCGAGAAGAUCAUGCUGGCCAUCAUCACGAAGAUGACUCUGACGCAGGUGUCCACGUGGUUCGCGAACGCGCGGAGGCGUCUCAAGAAAGAGAACAAGAUGACGUGGGAGCCGAGGAAUAGGGUCGAGGACGAGGACAACAACAACGAAGACGACGACAGCGGGAGAAAGAGCGUCGAUGAGAAAGAUCGAUUAGACUCGAAAGAUUCGGGCACCGGAUCGAGCGAGGACGGAGAACGACCGGCGCACCGGAUGGACCUUCUGCACAGUACCAGCGGAGGGUCGACCGGGGUGCAGGGUAGGACCGAGAGCGAAUGGAGCGAGUCGCGGGCCGACAGUGGGCCAGACAGUCCAGAGUGUCUGUACGACCAGAGGGAGCCAAGGCAUCCGUUGCAACUUCAGCAUCCGGCCUACCUGGCGUCCGCUCAUGGUCGACUCCUGCGUCAUCCGUCGCCGGAGAGCACCCCACCGAGUAGUCAUCAUCUUCCACCGAGCACCACCGCCUCCUCGACAGGCAGCGGAGUCACCACGAAGCCCAGGAUUUGGUCGUUGGCCGACAUGGCGAGCAAGGAUUGCGAUCAGCCGAGUCCCAAUCCGACGACGAUGACCGGUCUCCCGUCUCCGUACAGCGGAAGCGGCGGGGGCGGUGGUGGAGUGGCCGGUGGAGGCGGGAAACUGGUGAGCCCUUUGGCCAGUCGUUUACCACCUCAUCAUCCUCUUCAUCCGGCGAUGCACUCGGGUACCCAGUUCGUUCGACCGCAUCCGGACUUCUACCGGAACCUUUACGGUGCCUCUCACCUAGGAUCCGGUGACAUGUCCUUGUUGGAGACUUACUCGAGGACCCUGGGCGGUUUGAGCGGCGUGAUGCCACCCUCCACGGCCCCCAGCAUACUUACGUCCACCUCGUCGGCGGUGUCUGCCAGUGGUAACGUUAAACCUUUUACGAUUAACGGGGGUAGCGGCGCGCCCGGUGGACCCGCGGUUCUCUUGACCACCGCCACCUCGGGCCUAUCCCCCUCCUCCUCGUCGACCGCCUCCUCGGGUGGGUCCGAUCAGUCCCCUCAUCCGAGUGGAAGUUUACCGCCCACGCAGGAGCUCAAGUCUCCGGGACGAGUGUGAUUCCCGUGAACCGAGCACGGACUAAUAUAAAUUGAAAUAUCGAGGGACGGAUCGCCGCGCAGCCGUUCGACUCUGUGUGGUGUGGAUGACAAUAAUAACAGACUACAAUCUUGUAAUUAGUGUACAGUAACUGAACUUCGGAACUUCGAAACGAGAUACAUUAAUAAUUGAAACCCCCGUCCCCUCGUCUCCUGGCCCUUCCCGUCACGAUUCCUAGUCUCUCUGUCUUCGUAAUUUUCAAUUUCGCUUCCAGCAAUUCCCGACUCCUUUCUCCUUUAGUUCCUACUCUAUAUCUCUCACGUCCUCGGUCGCAAGAUAUUUUCUGUUUUUCGCAGGAAAAAAGAUAACGAAUCGUAGGCCCGUUUCAUGAUCUUUGUAGCAACAGCGGUUAUCUCGCGGUUAAGAAAAAAAAAAAUAAAAAUAAAGAACAGGAGAACUCUAUUCCUAGGCGUGUCUAUUCGGCAAGUAAUAUUAUACGAAAGAAUACUAUAUAUAUAAAUACACGAUGAUGAUAAUAAUAAUAAUUAUUUAUGCGUUUGUAAAUAGUAGAGAGGGCCCAGUAGAGAGCGUCCGGCCAGUGUAUGUAUUGUAUGUAGAGUAGCUACGAUAUUAUUAUUAUAAUAUUUGAGAUCAUAAUUCAUACUAACGACGACGAUGAUGAUGAACAUUAUUAUUAUUAUUAUUCUGAUUAUUAUUAUUAUUCUGAUCAUUAUUAUUGUUAUUGCAAUGUUUAUAAUAUUAUCGAUUCACGUCGACUCGGUCGAUCAUGACGAGGUAUGGAUCGUUGAUCGCUGUGACAGAUUACGGAGGACUCGUUAGAGGGUAUAGAUCUUUGAAAGUCGCAAUCCAAAGUUUUUUCAUUUCAUAGUUAUUAGUUAUUUAUUCGAUUCGAGCGAACAGCUAAUCCUCGAGCCGGUGGUUAUUAAUCGUAAUCGACGACACCGUUUCAAGGAAUUUUUCUUUCAUCCUUUUAUUUCGCGCUUUCAUCGAACCCGCUCGGCUCCGGCCGUAAUCUGGCAGACUUAGAAUUCGCGUUGCGCCCCGCAGUCGCGAGAGGUGUACCGCUCUCGAACCCGAGGAAAGUAGGGUGAAAAGAGGAGAAAAUAAAAAGGCAUACACAUACAUAGACGUACUAUCGGAGCUGGGAAAAAUCCUCGGUUGUGCGAGGCGCGACGCUCGCAGGGCGCGGCGACUGUCAACAUAUCAUGUCGUGUCGAGAGUGAACGAUCGCCAUCACCUUUUAGUCAUUCGUGUCCAAAAUUCACGCGAGCUCGCUGAUGCCACAUUGGCAGAUGGCUUGCAGACUGUGUCCUUUCGCAAUAAACGAGUCAUUAUAAAAAAAAACAAAAAAACAAAAAGGAAAAAAUAUGUUGGGAUGCCUCGUCAUUCUGCUUUUCCCCGUCUACCCGUCCCGUUUGAUCGAUCGCCUCUUCCCUUCCGUUGGCUUCGACCGAGAAAAAGGUAAGUGAUCUUGUAGAACGCUGGUAAUUUAAUUUUAAUAAGAAUAUUCGUUGUCCAAAAUGACGUUACCCAGGUGUAACGAUCACCUGGAUAAUUCCGUUCGACGACUAUCGACUACGCCGAAUCGUGUUGCCUGUUGGCGGUGGAGCGCGGAACGCGGAAUCAUUAUGCCGUUGGCUGGCUAAUCGCGAACGCAUGCAUCCAGUUGGAAAGAAAGAGAAAGAGGAGAGACAAUACGCGGCAGAAGAG